AUGACUAACCACCACUGCUUAGCCUCUGACAGUAUAAUUUGUUAUGUCAACAAAUUAAGUAAACUGCAGACAAUCGGAGAAGACUUCUGCGGAUUAGAUGUAAACACACCACUUGGGGGUGACCAAGCUAUAUCGGCUGUGCCUGUUUUACUUUUCACCACGAGAUUGACGGCAGUUGCGGCGACGUCCACGGGAGAUUUCACGGUCGUCUUCGUAGGCACUUCAACUGGCCAUUUGAAGAAGGUCGUGGUUGAGUCGGGAACAUCAGCUCUGGAAUAUGGAGACCUCACUGUGGAAGAAGGAUCUGCUGUCAACUCCGAUCUGCACUUUGACUCACAGCUGAUGCACCUUUAUGUAAUGACUGAGCGAAAGGUAUCCAAAGUAAAGGUGCAGGAAUGCAGUGUUUAUAAAACAUGCUGGGAAUGUCUUGGAGCAAAAGACCCUUAUUGUGGGUGGUGUUCAUUGGAAAACAAGUGCAGUUUGAGAUCUGAUUGCCAGGAUGCCGCUGAGGACCCCUUAUACUGGAUCAGCUAUAAAAGCGGGAGAUGCACUACAAUAACAACAGUGACACCAAACCAACUGCAGAGAACAACGGCGCGAACUCUGGAUCUCGUGAUAGAUAACUUACCGAGCUUAUCCGGUCAGUUCCUUUGUGCGUUUACAGCUUUAGAUCGUACUCUCAUCACAAAUGCCACCAGGAAAAACUAUGGAGUGAAUUGUACCACUCCGCGUACGGAUCUACUUCCUGCAAUUCCAGUUGGACAACAUCACUUUACAGCGAAAUUGUCUGUCCGAAUGACCUCUGGUCCAGAUUUUGUCGCAACCAAUUUUACAUUCUUUGAUUGUAACACAUACAGCUCGUGCACUCUAUGCGUAUCUUCCUCCUUUCCUUGCGACUGGUGUGUCGAUGGCCAUCGUUGUACGCACGACACCGCUGAAAACUGUCGAAACGACAUUCUCGUUACCGGCGUUAACCGAGUAGGACCGAGUUACAGAUCGGGACCGGCGUUCUGCCCCACGAUAAAUGCUACCGUAGGGCGCUCGCCCGAAAUACUAGUGGCUUCCGGAUUGAAACAGUCAAUUAAAGUCAAAGUUCAUAUCAUCGGCCAAUUUAUAGUGCAAACGAGAUUUGUGUGUCAAUUUAAUAUCGAAGGCCGCGUUACCAGCGUCAACGCUCAGUUACUAGGCGAUACGAUUUAUUGUGAUCCUAUGGACUUUAUUUACACUUCUAAGUUACCCAAUACGACAGCCACGUUUGCAGUCAUUUGGGGCGGCUCUAAACCACUUGAUAAUCCAGAUAACAUCCAUGUUGUUAUUUACCGUUGCGGAGACAUGGCGGACAACUGCGGAAUGUGCUUAGCUUUAGAUGAAAAAUACAAGUGCGGAUGGUGUCAAAGUUCGGACAGUUGCGAGGUGAAAGAGCAGUGUGGCCGUGGUUCGGCGGUGUGGUUGAAUCGAAGUCAGACUUGUCCCAAUCCCGAGGUAACUUCGUUUAGUCCCGAAUUAGGACCAUGGGAAGGCGGCACCAAUAUUACCAUACAAGGCAUUAAUUUAGGAAAGACUUUUCAAGAUAUUUAUACCGGCGUUAGUAUCGCCGGUAUCAAUUGCCAACCGUAUGAGCAACUCUAUCUCGAGACCAAAGAGAUUGUUUGUAAGGUCGACGGGCCAGGCACUAGCGAACCUCGCCAUGGUCCUGUAGUUGUUAGAGUAGAAGAUUACAGAGGUGAAUCCAAAUUGCAUUAUAGAUUUGUAGACCCUGUUAUAACUGGAAUCUCACCAAAGUAUGGGCCGCGCUCCGGAGGCACCAUGCUAAAAAUAACCGGAGAGUACAUGAACGCUGGAAGCAACAUUCAAGCUUUCAUCAAUGAUCUUCCCUGCAAAAUACUGUCGACUGAUCAAAAACAAGCACUGUGCAUGACAAGUGCUUCGGAAGAACCAAUUGCCGGAAAGCUUCGUAUGAAAUUUGAUAAAGGUGAUCGCUAUUUCGAAAAAGAGCUGUUUCAUUAUGUGGAAGAUCCAGUCAUAGAAUCCGCAGAGUCCGGCGUGGCAAGCCAGAUUAAGGUACCUAAGGGAAUACCCGCUGGUGGUAUUCGCAUCACAGUAUCCGGGAAAAAUUUGGCAUACAUUCAAAAUCCCCAAAUGUAUGUCUACUACGAGCAAAAAAUGUUCUUUAGCCAAUGCGUUGUACAGAGUAAUACCAGCAUGAUAUGCGACAGUCCGAAAAUAGAGGCGGACGAAUCGAAAUUAGACUCGGACAAUCCGUUGAAGCUGGAGUACGGCUUUAAAAUGGACAACGUCUCCGGCGUUCUCAAUUUGACCAUGAAAAGUGGAUUCCCCCACUUUCUUCUGUAUCCAAAUCCCGAUUUUGAGCCAUUCGAAAAAGAAGUUAAAUAUUACAAAUCGGAUUAUCUGAACAUCAACGGCCAAAAUAUCGAUCGCGCAUGCCAGGAGUCUGACGUGGUGGUAAAAAUCGGCAAUAGUUACUGCAAUGUAACUUCUUUGUCGCGCCAGCAAUUGACUUGUCGGCCACCAGAAACUCAACCGCCUGCUGUCGACAUGCUAGGUCAAGAAACCGGAGAAGCUCUGCCCAAAGUGGUCGUGAUUGUAGGGGGCUCUUUGAAUUUCACAAUCGGCAGCUUGUCUUAUUCCUCACCACAGGGACUAAACGGGUCUAUCUCGAAGCCGACGUUGAUAAUUGUCGGCGCUAUUGCUGUCGUCAUAGUGUUGGUAUCUGUAGCGUUCCUCAUUCUUUAUCGCCGCAAGUCGACCGAAAAUAAUCGCGUUUUAAAAAAUAUGCAAGAACAAAUGGAUAUCUUAGAAUUACGCGUGGCCGCCGAAUGUAAGGAGGCCUUUGCUGAGCUACAAACUGAAAUGACCGAUUUGACUGGCGAUUUAACGUCUGGUGGGAUUCCGUUCUUGGACUAUCGAACUUACGCAAUGAAAAUACUGUUCCCCAACAUGGAAGAUCAUGCUGUUUUGCAAUGGGAGAGACCCGAGCUUCUUCGGAAAGAAAAGGGACUCCGCCUUUUUGGACAGUUGAUUAUGAAUAAGACGUUUCUACUUCUAUUCAUAAGAACGUUGGAGAGUAAUAGAUAUUUUUCUAUGCGAGAUAGGGUAAAUGUAGCUUCGUUAAUAAUGGUGACGCUGCAAAGCAAAAUGGAGUACUGUACAGAUAUACUGAAAACUUUGCUGGCCGAAUUAAUCGAGAAAUGUAUGGAGGGAAAAAGCCAUCCAAAACUGCUUUUGAGACGUACGGAAAGCGUUGCCGAGAAGAUGCUUAGUGCAUGGUUUACGUUUCUGUUAUACAAAUUUUUGCGCGAAUGUGCGGGGGAUCCCCUAUUUUUACUAUUUAGGGCCGUUAAGCAGCAAGUAGAUAAAGGUCCGGUGGACGCGAUUACUUCGGAGGCACGGUAUUCUCUUAGCGAAGAAAAACUCAUUAGACAAUCAAUAGAUUUUAAGCCAAUGACGGUGUAUGUUUCCAUUUCUCAACAAGCUGUAUUUGUUGGAGGUUUAGAUCCGAACACUGAUAAUGUUCCUGUUAAAGUUUUAGAUUGUGAUACUAUCAGUCAAGUCAAAGAAAAAGCCUUAGAUACUAUUUAUCGCGCGACGCCAUACUCGCAAAGACCUAGAAAAGACGAUUUGGAUUUAGAAUGGCGUACAGGAACGGCGGGAAGGUUAAUACUUUACGAUGAGGAUAGUACAACUAAAGUGGAAGGGGAAUGGAAAAAGCGAAAUACGUUACAGCACUACCGAGUUCCUGACGGCGCGUGUUUAAAUUUAGUUCCGAAACAGAGUUCUAUAUAUAAUCUUAAUAUAUUUUCCGAGAAGAAUGAUAAGUCUCACAAGUACGAAACACUUAAUCUUAGUAAAUUUAGCUCAGCUAGUCCGCCAUUAAGUCGUGCGACGAGUCCCUUAAAUAAUGACCACGACCAAGGUAUGAAGGUGUGGCAUCUUGUAAAGCAUCACGAUAACGAUGCGCAGAAGGAAGGAGAAAGAGGAAAUAAGAUGGUAUCGGAGAUAUACCUUACAAGACUGUUAGCUACGAAGGGCACUCUGCAAAAGUUCGUAGAUGAUCUUUUUGAAACAAUCUUUAGCACCGCACACAGAGGUUCUGCGUUACCACUAGCUAUUAAAUAUAUGUUCGAUUUUCUUGAUGAUCAAGCACUUCAGCAUGGUAUUUCUGAUCCAGAAGUUGUUCAUACAUGGAAGAGUAACUCGUUACCAUUACGAUUUUGGGUCAAUUUGAUUAAGAAUCCAAAUUUCGUAUUCGAUAUACAUAAGUCCAAUAUUGUAGAUUCUUGUUUAUCUGUUGUUGCUCAAACAUUUAUGGAUUCCUGUUCUACUUCUGAUCAUAGACUAGGUAAAGAUUCUCCAAGUUCCAAGCUACUCUAUGCUAAAGAUAUUCCCAGCUACAAGGAAUGGGUGGAACGAUAUUAUUCCGACAUCAAAAUGAUGCCCGCAAUUUCUGACCAAGAUAUGAACGCGAUGCUGGCAGAAGAAUCAAGGUUGCAUACAACCGAAUUCAACACGAACUGUGCUUUGCAAGAAUUGUAUACGUACGCAAUGAAGUACAACGAGCAACUGAUGGUAACCUUAGAAGAGGAUGAGUUUUCGCAGAAGCAACGGCUGGCCUACAAGUUAGAGCAAGUUCAUAAUAUAAUGGCGGCGGAUGUGCAACCGUGAUACUGGCCCGAUCUGACGCAUCCCACUGCGCCUCCAUUAUCACCUACAACAAUGCCGCGACCGUCGGCGCCUCAGGAGCUCGCUUGCUGAUAAAGUGGUCGAGUGACCUGAGUUUACAUAUCCAUCAAACUUUUUAUAUGUGUUGUUGGAUCGCUGUUUAAUUGUUCAGUGUUGGGGUUGGUGCGCACUCAGCGACUUUAAGUGCCUCUGGUAGAAGUGAGUGAUGUGCUGUCUCCAUAAAAUUAGUAUACUAUAUUUUUAUCAUCGGACAGUGAAUUUAUGGUUUGCUUUUGAAUGCUGAUCGUCAGCGUUAGUACAUAUUACGGAUAUUUAUGUUACAUCACAAAGUCUACUGCUUUUUGAUAAUUGUAUAAUGAAUGUACCUUAUAUUUACCUUUGUACAGUUUAAUAUUUUUAUAUUUUGUUUGAUGCAAUCAUGAUGAUUGUCUUCCGAAAUUAAGGAAGCAGCAGGGUGUAGUGUUAUAUGCGACCUCUCAAUCAUCGAUGUCUCAAUUUGUACAUACUGUACAUGGGUCGUAUCAGUGUUGGUGUGUAUGUGUUACAAGGCUGUGUACAUUUUCUUAGUGAACAGAACUGUGUCAAUUGCAACUGCAAGAGAACUAAACUGUUAUUGCACCCAGCUCAUAACUUUUGUUCCACUGUCUAAUAAUUAUUGCGUACAUUUGUGGUGGAAUUUUUUCCACUAGGUAGAGAUUUUUGCAGAACAUUUUCUCAGAAACUUUUUUAGUAGAAUGUAAAAGAACAACCUAUUUUUAUAUAAAUCUCGAAAUAUGUUUAUAAUUUGCCAGCGAUAUGUUUAUUUAUUUAACAUUUUUUAUAAAUCAAUUUUAAGUAAUGUUUUUAUACUCCUAUACACGUUAUAAGUAUGAAUUUUAAUUAAUCGGCGCCAUUGUAAUUUUUAUAACUAUGUUGAAACCGAACAUUCUUUAAAGCUUUAAUUAUGUUUUAAGACGUUUUACAGCUAUACAGUGAGUGUAGCUGUUAAAUUAUAAAGUCAUUUCCAUUACAAUUUGGGCAACAGCAGAAAGUUCAAGGAAUGUUCUCUAAAAAGCUCUGCACAUUUAUAGGUCAAAUUGAGAUGGUUGCAGUUAUUUAUUUAUUAUCCACGCUAAAUUAUGUAGGUACUUUGUGAUUCAUUUUUCCAUUUCUCAAUUUCACUUAUAAAUGCCGCCAGUGAAAUCACUAUAGUUUAAAACGCUUCUUGAACAUUUCAGUUCCAAUCAAACUUGAAAUGCCUGCUUUUGAUUUUUAAACGGGCAUGCGGUAACAGUGUACAUAUUCAGUGUGUGUGCACAGUGUAUUCAUAGUACUGUGUGUAACUCAAUUGCAUUUGCAAUAAUAUGAAUGGUCAUGUACUACUAUAUGUUUAUUAUAAAAGACUGAAUGGACUUAUUUCAAAUACUGAAUAGAAAACAUCUCUAUA